AUGGAUGAUGGGGUACAAAAAUUAUUAAAUCAAAUAGGGGAUAUGGAAUCUAAGAAUCGCCUAAUUCACAUCCAAAUUGAGGAAUUGAAAACAACUGAAAAGGAGUUACAAAAAAAUGAAAAAGAAUUAAUAUUAGAAAUUGAAAAUGUGUGUAAGCAAAUAAAAUCCAUGGAAAAGGAAGAAAUAGAAUUGAAUAAUGAUAUAUCAAGAGUUAAUUUAAUAUGUAAAAAUGUCGAAGCAACAUUACAUAAUGAAUUUGUAAAAGUUGAAAUAGCAGCUCAAAAAAUAAACCAAGUAGAGCAUUAUGAAGAAAAAGAUACAAGUGUCAACAGAGAUUUAAUUAAAUGUGACGAUAAGAUAAAAAAUUAUUUGAUUAAAAUGAAAGAUUCUAAUAAUGAUUAUGCAAUAUUAAAAGAAAUAAAAGACAACAACUUUUUACUAAGUCAUGUAUCAUUAGAUGACCUUUAUGAAAUUUAUGAGGAUACCAAGGAAAAAUAUCAAGACAAUUCCUUCAAAAACCAAUGCAAUAAAAUUGCUAUUGUUGAUUACAAAACGCAUUCGUACUUUUGCAAUCCUAUCCAUAUUCUACACAUGACGGAUCUUCUGAUGGAAAAAUUACGAAGUAACAAGGAUUCACAUUUUAAUUUCUCAACUAUAGCUAAUUAUUAUGGAUUGGAUAAAGAAAAGCAUAACAAACAAAUAGAAAACUUUGGAUUGUCUGAAUUAAAUAAAAUAAUGAUAAAUCAUUAUAAAUCCAAAAAAAUAACCGUUAAUAGUAGCAUUUAA